UCGCAUCGCGAGGUUGAGAACAAUUGAGACUAUUGAGAGUCCCGGUUACGUCAUAAUAAGCAACAUGGCUGACCUUCGUGAGUAUUGACAAGACGCGUGCUGCUGUUUACAAACUAGACAAGGAAUUGGAUACAUCGAUGAAUCUGACCUCAUCGGGUCAGAUUGUGUGAUCUAUUCUGUCAUGGCACAAGCGAAACUCGACGUGCCGGAGAAAUCUGGCGGAGGUAUUAAAGAAAAGGACAAGGAUUCCGAGGAAAAGGAAGGUCCCACUGUCGUACCAGAAUGCGCAGUAUGUCUGCAGCCUUGCAUUCAUCCAGCGCGAUUACCCUGCAGUCAUAUAUACUGCUAUUUGUGUGUGAAGGGUGUCGCUAAUCAGAGUAAACGAUGUCCAAUGUGUCGUCAAGAGAUCCCGCCGGAUUUUCUUGAGAGACCUCAGUUGGUGGAAGUAGAAGAGCCUCAGAAGGAGUCGGAACAUCCCGAGGAAGAAUACCAAUGGUUUUACGAAGGCCGAAAUGGUUGGUGGCAGUAUGAUCAGCGUACAAGUAUCGAAUUAGAAACGGCAUAUAAACAGGGUAAAAGGACCUGCGAGUUAUUGAUUGCAGGAUUUCUUUACAUUGCCGACUUUGGUUCGAUGCUCCAGUUACGUAGAAAUGAUCCUUCUAGACGAAGGAGAAUCAAAAGAGAUCUGUAUAACGUUCCAAGAAAAGGAGUCGCUGGAUUACGACUCAACGUGCAGGACGAAGAGAUUGUGAGAGAAAUAAGGGGCGCAGAGCGACCAGCUAGUCCUGCAAGUGAUAGUAUGGGUACAGGAGACGGUACAAAUACUCCUAUACCACCUAGUAAUACGCCACAGACACCUGCAGGUGGGACAGCAAGUGGUGACGCUACGCCUUUAAAUGAUAGAAUAGAUCAGAGGUCGGACUCCUUGCAUCAAGUCCUAGAACAAAUGCGCUCUCUAGUUUUAAGAGAGCAUCUGUCCUUAAACAGCGAUAACGAAUUCGAAGAAGAUACGGAAGACGCAUCGAUUUCGGAUCAUGCCACUCUUUCAUAGUUACAAACAUCGAAUUUAUAUUUAUCAAAGUUCGUCGUAAUCUUAUUUCAGGAUAUCCAAUUUAUUUCCAUACUUUUCGUAUUGCUAUUCAGCUCAAUAAGAUAGUAUUCUACACACACACACACACACACACACACACACUUCAUAUUUGCUAGAAGUGUAUCAAUAUUUAAACUUUAUUGAUCUAGCAAAUUACAUUGCUCAAUUACGUAUGGAAAUUGAUAUAUCUACAAUUAAGUAUUUCGAAUUAGAUAGCUAUCUUUAUUCAGUAAGUACGCUCUUCUCUCCCUGCUCUUAAAAACUGUUUAAUUACAAUUAUAAUAAGACAAGAAAAGUAUCAAUUAAGUUGUCAUUGAAAAUAGUAAGAGUUUGCGAAGUGCGGAUUUACAAUUAACAAAAUAAUUACUUGUUGAUGAAUGAUGUACUUAAAAGUCUAACUUUGAGAAUUAC